UUUAAGCGCACGGGGUCGCAACAGUCCGAAAAUUCUCCAUUUUAUACAUAAAAGGAAAUGAUGAGUUUACUUUCAUUUAACAGCAAUGGUUUUUCAAACAAAGUUGGCAAUAUUAAAAUGUCUUGUCGACUAAAGGUUACAAUGUCUACUGUGAAACGAAUAAAAUAAUUUGAAAAUGAGAAGAUUCUCUUCGCCCUUGAGAUUAUGGAUAGAUAUUUGUUUCCUCUUUUGGUCAGCAAAGACAAGCAGUGAAAACUUAAAAGUUGAAACAUGUCCUGGAUCGAUCGCAUCACUUCCGUGUCCAAUUCUGACGCCAACUGAGGAUGACGACAGAUCUUUGGCAGCUUUUUGGUACAAGGAUGAUCACGUGGCACCUUUUUAUAUGGUGGAUGGGAGAUCCAGUGCUUCCAUUGAGCAAGGGAUUCACAGACGGCUUUCUUCUUUGGGCAAUCGAUCCACUUUUGAUGUGACAACCACACCAGCUGUCCUUCUUGUGAGCGUCGAAAAUAAAGAGGAUGCUGGGACUUAUGUGUGCAGAGUGGAUUUUUACAAAUCCAAUCCGAAACCAUCCGUUGUCGAAUUAAUUGUUCUGCCCCCUACACCAAAGUUAAUUAUUUAUGAAGGUGGCUCAAUGCUUACCGGUAUAGCUGGACCUUACAAUGAAGGUUCUGAUUUGGAGCUCUCUUGUGAACUGACUGGAGUUGAGUCGGGACCUAUGCAAGUAUUAUGGAUGAUAAAAGGGAUGGUUAUUGACUCUACGUUUAAAGUGCUUCCUAAUGGAAAACGGAGGAAUGAUUACUUAAUUCGAAGUUUAGAAAGAGUUUUAUGGAUGGUGAAUAUUACAUGCCUAGCAGCCAAGCAUUUGAACUCAACAUCGAAUCCCUUCCUCACAACAUCUAUACAGCUUGAUUUAUAUUUGAAACCUUUAGGAACUCGAAUCACCCCAAGUCAUGGAAUCUGCAGAGAAGGUUCUGUUUUGGAACUACGGUGCCAGUCAUGGGGAUCUAGACCUCCGUCAGAAAUCACCUGGUGGAUGAAGAACUUUCGUCUCUUCAAUGUGUCAGGGUACAAGUACGACUUGGACAGUACAGCCAGUACUCUGACCCUUCUACCAACCGCUGCUGACAAUGGAAAAACCAUCAGAUGCCAAGCUCAAAACCACAAGCUACUUGGUGCCAUACAAGAAGAUAGCGUCAUCUUGAAUGUUACUUUUCCGCCUAAAGUAUCAUUAUCAUUGAAAACAUAUUCUACCAGUUCCCUUUCUGAAGGGGAUACAGUUGCGCUAAUGUGCAAAGUAACAGCGAACCCACCAGUUGGACUUACCUAUUGGUCGUUCAUGCAAGAGACUACUGUCAGAUCGAACCAAGACCCCUUUCCUUCGCAGGGACGACAAACUUUAGUGUUAGAGAGAUUAGAAGCAUGGCAUAAGGGCAGUUACCGUUGCAAAGUUAACAACAGCGAAGGUUCUGGUGAAAGUAAUGCCUUAUGGUUGGCUGUCAGACAUCGACCUAUAUGUAAAGCGGAUCAGCAGGUAUCCUAUGGUGCUUAUUUCGGAGAAAUCCUGAACAUCCAAUGUGAAGUUGAAGCCGAACCUGUCACCGUUUCUUUCCAUUGGGGAUUUGCAAACACCCUAGUCCAACACGACAAUGUUAACUUCUCGAGCAGAGGACUCAAAAGCAUUGCAACUUACAGACCCACAGAAGAAGUUCAUUUAGGAUCGCUAUUUUGCUGGGCAAAUAAUACUGUAGGAGAACAACACGUACCCUGCACUUUCACAGUCUUCAAGCCUGUUGUUCCCAAUCGCCCGAAGCAUUGCAAGGCACUGAAUCGAACCCACAGUUGGUUUUUAGUGACGUGUGAAGCAGGCUACGACGGAGGAGCUCCUCAGCAUUUCCACUUUCAAGCUCGCAUCAAAGGAUCUGGCGAAAAUGGAAUAACUCUCAAUUCGCCAAUUCCUGUCUUCAGUCUCUCUGGGCUACCGUCAGGAACAAACUUUGAAGUCAUCAUAACAUCCAAAAACAAAAUGGGUGAAAGUCCAAAAUUUUACAUUGAUGUAUCAACAUUGAGAAGUAGCAAAAAAGGUUCAACGGCUUGGAAAACCAGCAGAAACCUUCUCAUCUCUUCAAUGCUUAUUCUUUUUAUUGCUCUUUUGGCACUUGCAACAGCAGCUGCUUUGCGUCAUAGAUCUCGUCCAUUCCUCUUAAUAAUUCAAUAAAAAGAAAAACACUUUGUAUUAGACGUGCGUAUGAAAUGAAAUUAAUCGUAAUUCAAAAUCAAAAUUGAUUUUAAAAAAAGUAGUUUUCUGCAUUGAAGUACAUGAAUCAAUCAUAUAUUUUGGAAACACACAAUUUAUAGGGAUAUGUUUUGUCUUCAAUAAAAAAAAAAUAUGCAAUACUUUUUAAAAGAACUUUCACUCUUUUGGGCGUAAAUUCUUCCUCGGCAAUUUUCGCACCUCUUUCUUCUUCUCUACACCGUACCUGAAUCAAUAAAUGAGACUUUUUAUUCUGUGAUCCAUUUUUGCAAUCUUUUGAUUGCAGAAAACCCAAACCCACAGAUUCUAAAUAGGAUUAAUUUUAAAACAGCAAAUUUGAUUUUAUGGCAUCAAUCCUCCUUUUCUUCUUCUUCCAUAUUAUUCUUUUUUAAAUAUUAGCUUGAUGUAAAAUCUUAUAGAAAAAUCCCCUCUUUGGACGAAGACACGUUGUUUAACUCUGUUUAUUUUUUUGUCACAUUAUUUUCCAUUACAUAUUAAUGAUCACUAUUUUUUAACAGGUACGAGAGGCCUUUCUCAAUCGUAUUAAAAAUAUCCCCGAAAAAUUAUUUUUUUCCAAUUCAUCGAAAAAUACAAAACUUCACCCUUGAUUCAAUUAAUACGCUCACUGCUAUUUAUCACGCAUGUCAAACUGAAUACCGCGAAUACUAAAUUAGAAUUUGCAUAAAAACACGAAAAGAUAUAAUUUCAUCAUCAACUCACGCAAUUAUAUCAAAUUACAGUGCUUUCUAUUAAUCUAUUAAUAUAGCCAAAACAAAAUGUAUCAAUAAAAUAGUGGAAGCAACAUUUAAAAGAAAAAUCGAUACGAGAAAGAAACGCAUCUGGCAACAACAACAAAAAACAAGAAAAUACAAAAUAAAUUAAAAAUUUAAGAAAAACAAAUAAAACGCAAAAAGUGAAAUAUUAUGAAGGAGCGAGAUCAAACGUCCAUUUACGUACUGACAUCAUACAAAAAUGAUUUAAAAAUAUUUUCUUAACUAGUGUACCAGAACACAAAAUAUAAAAUUAAAGCGUAAAUGGAGGGUAAUGGAUUAUAUUUUUUAAGGCACAGUCUUACUGUAGUACAGAACCGCUUUUGAUUUGUGUGUUACCUUGGAUUGGUCCCAAACUGGAUUUAAUCAAUGUAAUUGGAUAUUAUACAGGAAAGCUCCAAGAUUAAUAAAAGAUCGAACUUAAUUAUAAAUUUUAAUGACCUUUUAGAGAAAUUAAUUACAUUUAUUGAAUCAUUUCGAACAUUGUUUGAACAGUUUCUGAAUCAUAAAAAUCGUUGAUGAAUA